AAGUGAACAAGCGGAAUGAAACAGAACCGUAAUGGCUGAUGAAAGGCAAGCUGUCAAAAGCUUAUAAAUUUAUUUGUCAUAUUUAUAGCAAAUUUAUUUUGUUUAGUAUUUUUGAAUAUUAUUUUUUUAAUUUAUCAGCCGUUACAUUCAAUUAUUUAUUAUUUUAACUUGUGCAUUAUGUAGAUAAACAUUAUCAUCACUCGUCGACAGUGAUAAUUCUGGUUCUUCGAGUGUGCAUUGUGAUCAGUAUUUAUUAAUAUAUAUACAUAUAUAUACAUGUAGAUAUACAUAAAGAUUUUAGAUAAUAAAAAAAGGAAAAAAAAAGGACGUGAAUCAUGUAUUCCCAUCAUCACCAUCGUCAUCAUCAUCAUCAUCAUCAUCACAGGAGACGUACCAAUAAUUUUACCUACGUCAGCUCCUGUGUUAAAUACAUGAUUUUUAUGCUUAACUUUAUCUUUUGGCUUUUUGGAGGAUUGUUGAUUGGAGUGGGAAUCUAUGCAUUUUAUGAUAAACUACAAACAACCGGAUCAGUUAAAGUAGAAAAUGUUUAUGAUAUUGUUCUGAAUAUUUCACUUGUGAUGGCUAUUGCUGGUGGUGUUGUAUUUAUUGUUAGUUUUGCUGGCUGUGUUGGUGCAUUGAGAGAGAAUACAUGUCUUCUUAAAUUUUACUCAUGGUGUCUACUAGCAUUUUUUUUACUAGAAAUGGGUGUAUCUAUUGUUGGUUUUGUAUUUCCUCAUACAUUACAAUCUAUUCUUGAAGAAUCAUUUACUGAUAAGAUAAUCCAGACAUACAGAGAGGAUCCAGACUUACAGAAUUUAAUUGAUUUUGGACAACAAGAAUUCAAAUGCUGUGGGUUAAGUCAAGAAGGUUACCUAGAUUGGCAGAAAAACGAGUACUUCAAUUGCUCGAGCCCCGGUAGAGAAAGCUGUGGUGUACCUUUUUCAUGUUGUAUAAACACGACAGAUAUAUCAAGCGGACUAGUUAAUAUAAUGUGCGGUUAUCAAAUUCAAAUGCUCCCGCCAUCAGAAGCCAGCAAGAGAAUAUGGAUAAGCGGCUGCAUUGAGAUAGUCCGUACAUGGGCUGAGCGUAAUCUUUAUACAAUAGCGGGCAUAGCACUGGGUAUUGCGCUGAGUCAAUUAUUUGUGAUUUAUUUAGCUAAGACAUUAGAAGGACAAAUUGAAAUGCAAAGAGCACGCUGGCGUUCUUGAGGUUGACCUCAGGCCACCUCACGCUACGAUUAUGCCGCGAGGCAGCAGGUGGCCGGUCGAAUUAAUCGUGCUCAAGAACAUUCGGAAAAUUGUGGAAGUACCCGUAUGGGAAUGCUUGUUUUACUUGCAGUAACACUUUACAUAAUGUGUAUUUUGUCACUCGUAAGACUUGCCCUUUACUUCAAAAAUUAUUUUUACAAGUAUCUUGAUUAUGGUUAAAGUUUUUUAUUUAAAUGCAUUUUUUUGUCACACUUGUUCGGUCUUUGCCGUGUGAUUUAGACGAGUAGUUUGUCCUUCAUUAAUAUUUUAAAUUUACUCUUUGAAAAAUUUAUUAUAAUGGUGUGUUGGAUCCUUUGCAACAGCGCACUGGGAGUCUGCCAUACCCGGGAAAAUUUGAAUUAUAAGAAGUUUAUUUGGGUAUUCAAGGCAUUUUAUAUUUGUAUUUAUUUUACUGCAUUUACGUCAAUUGGCAUUAUACGUUUUGAAAGAAAAUUGCAGAUUGAACCCGGGGACUUCUUCAUGGAGUGAAAUUUACUCCGAAGGAGUUUAUUUUAACACUAAAACUCUGAAUCGCACUAAUGCGGAUUUAAAUAAAAUUUGUAAUCACUCCCGAAUUUUUAGUUUGAAAAAAAUACCCGGGAAAAUUUAAAUUCAUAAUUAAAUAAGUAUGUCACAUUUAAAUUUGUUCACUUGAGUUUCAUUUUAAUAAAUACUUGAUGAUUUAUAUAUUUUUUUUAUUGGUCAUUAACUUUUUUUAUAAAAAAUUUAUAGAUUUAAAUUUUCCCGGGUAAUUGGUGGGUCACAGUGGCCGGUAACGGGUCCGAACACACCAUUAAAAAAAAAGAUUUAAAUGUUUUUUAACACAUAUAUUAUAUUAUAUUAUUAUAUUAUAUUAUAUAGAAAUUUAUUGACAUAAUUUAAAGUAAUUAGCGAUUAUUUAUCAAUGUUUUUAUAUUUUUGUCUACUAUGCCGUUUAAAUUUAUUGACGUACAAUUAAACUGCCAUCUUCUAUUAAAUAAUUGCUUAUAAGUAACAGAAUUUAAAAUAUGUGAAAUUGUUCCUUCUAUUAUAGUUUAGAAAAGGACAACGAUUAUACAAAUGUAAAAAAAAGGGUUUAAUGAUUAUUAUUAUUAUACUCAAUGAAUUGAUGAUAUGUAAUGCCAUCAUAAUUGUAUUUUGUCCAAGUGAAUGUUUUAUUAUUGUAAUCACGCACAUUGCUGAUGUGAGAUUGAUUGAUAUAAAUUAAAAGUUCUGUUUAGACCGAAAUUGCAUUUAAGAUAUUCUCGUAAAAAAAAAAAUUUGAAAAGGGUUUAAAAAGUGUUAGCUAUUCUAACUUUCAAAUAUGACCUUCAGUUAACGGACAAUUAGUUUUCUAUUUUUUAAAAUCCGUAAAUUAAAAAAAAAAAAAAAAAAAAAAAUCAUAAGUAAGAAAUUGAAAAAACUACAAGUGCAUUUUUUUUUGUAAUCUAUCGGCUUAAAAAAAUCUAAAAAUUAUACGUUGGCUAACUUUAGUAUCAUUUAAAAAAAAUUUGACGUUUUGAAGUUUGAAAUAGUUAUCACUUUACGAACCUUUUUUAAACGAUUUUUUUACACGGGUUGGAUUGGAUGGAUUGUGAAAAAUGUAUUAUUUAAAAGUUUAAGAAUGCGCCGACCGAAAUUGACCAAUUUCUAAGAUAUAUCAGAUUUAUUUUUGUUAAAGUAAUUAAAUAGGAUAUUUCUCUCAUGAAAAAUAUAAAUAAUACAAUUUUAAAUAUAAAUUGUCGAUCAUAAUAAUAAUACUAAUAAUAAUUAUAAUUAUAAUUACGAUACUAUCGUGCUCUAGUGCUUCAUGCACAUUAGUACACUAAAGUAAUAAGUUAAACAUGACAUGUACAUAAAUUUAAAUUUAUCAUACGAUAUAUUAAUUAUUAGUAACAUAUACAUAAAAAAAAAAAAAGAUAAUUUUGCCAAUGAACAAAUCUACGAACAAUUUUUAAAAAAAUGUUUAUAUUAAUUUAUUUUACUUUGUAUUAAUUAAUUUUAAAUUUUUAUUAGUAAUUGUCUUCUUAACGUUUAGUGUCUGAUGAACAAAAAAAAAAUUAAUUUCCUAUCAAUUUACUCACUGAAAAAAAAUUUAUUUGAGCCAAAGAUAUCGUAAAUUUGCAUAUGACCGAUAAAUAUUUAAUUUUUAAAAAGAUAUAAUAAAUAUGAGGAAUUUAAUUAAGUGAUUUAUUUGUGGCAAAGUCAAUCCAUUUGCUUUAAAUAAAUUUUAGUUGUAUCAAAUUUACUUUUCAAAACAAUUCUCAAAAAGCGCGCCAUUUUUUAAAAAUUUUAAAUUACUUUAAACUGUCAGCGUAUUAAAAGUUUAUCAAUUAAUCAAAAAAGCAGGUGUCAGAACACGCGAAUAAAAAAAUUGGGACAAAUAAUUUUUUUUCAGUGCUCCGAUAAUCAUAACUCAAAUUUCCAAUUUAAUCUCCGAUAUUUAGACGCUCAGUGCCAAAAUCAAAUGAAUUUUUUAAUUUGUUUAUAUUUAGUAUUUUAUAUUUUUUUCUAUUUGAGAGUUUUGACAAUAAACUUUAUGUACAUGCUUUGAUUUUAAAAUAAUAAAUGAUAAAAGUAGAUAUAAAAAUAAUUGGCAUAUUUUUUAAUACUCAGUGAUAUAUAAAUUAAUAAAUAAAUAAAUAUAAAUAAAUAUUAGAUAAAUCACGGAUUAGUAACACAUAUAGGUAUUAAAUAGUUUUUAUUACAUGAUCAUAUUGUUGUAAAGUGACUUUGUCACUGCAG